AUGUCGCUCCCAAUACAAAGUAUAGUAGCUACGCCUUUACAUGCCGUCGCUGAAUCAAAUAUUGGCCUUGCUCACCUCCAUCUUGAUUUCUCACUGGCCAAAUUUGAGGCGCCGCUUGAACUUCGUCCGCUGGGGAAAGAACUCUCCAAGGCCCGACGAGAAUCCGCGGAAGAUGGAUCAUUUCAUAUCCUCGCCCGACGACUAGGUGUGCUCUUUGAUGAUGUUUUACCAAACGUGCCAUCGCUGCUCGAAGCGUAUGGAGCCCGUGCCAGCGAGAUCGUUCAAGAGACGACACCAAAGUUGAAAAAACCCGGAGAUAUUGUGGAGGGAUUCUUUGGGUCCCAUCUCGGUAUAGACUCUACCACAAUCUGGGCAAGUGCUACCAGCGGAAAGUCAGUGCUCCGCAUCCAUCUUCUUACUUGCAUGCUAGCUCGGAUAUGGCCUCCCCAAGAGGCAACUGCAAUUUGGGCAGAGUUGGUUACUCAACGGCAAAAGAUCAUCAAGAACCAAGCUCAAUCCACCGAGAUUGCGGAUAAUUAUUUGGCUCAGUUGGCAGCCGCUCAUGAAAUCGACAGAUCAUCCCUAGGGAAAUGGGAUGCUAGCGCACGGGCAUGGCUACAAGUUGCGGAUCAAGCGCGCAAGAAAGAGCAAGUUCAAGCUCAACUGAUUGUCAACAAUCUUUCCUUGGCUGUUAAAUCCCAUGCCGAAUCAGACCAAAGCUUCGCAACCAAGACGAACUCCUAUGACAGCGUCUUACUCAAUGUCAACCGGGCUUUGACCACGCUGGACAAAUUGACUAAAGGAGAGCCGCAAAGGAUCACCGAUGGGGGAAUCCUACUUGGCUUAAUCUCCUGGCAUCUCUACCCUGAUCUCGUUGUCUUGGGUUCAAGCACCAAGGAAAUACAGCAGCGAGACCCCUUGAUCAAAGCGGGGGGAAUCGUCACUAUCUCAAUAACCAGUGAGGUCGGCCGUGGGGAGGGGGUUUAUUGGUCUUUGCCCUUGGCCAGCCUUAAAUACUACGGAACAGUUCAGCAAGAACGGUCAACGAUGCGGGACUCCAGAAUUUCUGUUGAACAACUCCAGGCAUUAUUACUGGGUGCUUCGUUGGGAGCAGAUGAAGCUGCACUCACCGCGGCGCAGAUUUUGCAGUCUCUUUGGAAGAUAUACUACAACAUGUAUCAAGCCAAAAUGUGCCAAUUGAGCAAUAAAACCUUUGAGCCGCCCGAAGACCUUCUUAGUCUCCACCGCGUGGAUCCAUUACAAGAUGCCCCCGCGUCACUCAGAGCAUUGAUGAGAAUAUUGCACAUAUUGUUUCCUCUCAACGGUGGGAUUGAACUUGUUUUUUCCGCUGACGACAAUGAGAAAAAUACCGCCUCCCAGCUCAUGCGGUAUGGAAGCAACUACGGUAGAUCUUGGAUCGGAAACACGAGUAGUUCCAUCUCAAGUCUAUUCGGCUUAGCAAACCUGUCAUCCCUGCUUUGGACGAUUACCACCCCAGCUGCAAGAAUACAAUUACUUCGUGACAUAUGCGUGAAAAACCAUCUAUCCCCAUCGGAUUAUAUGAUUCGUUUUCGAACUUCGGAAAAAGAAUGGGCCUAUACAUCAAUAACCGAGGAAUCCGAGACUGUGCAUUGGGGGAAGAAACGGAAAUGGGACCAAUAUGCGUCUCAGGAUAUGGGGUCUGUUAAGAUCCUAGAGAUUCCACCAGAUGAGACUUGGGCCUUUGUAGCUGGCCUUGAAGCAUUGCGGGGGCACGUUCAGGCACAGAUUCAAGAGCAUAUUGCUUGGGAUGCACUGUAUAAGGACUUUAAAAAGAACGAGGAUGAGCCGGAUACUUUUGGUACUUAUCAAAAACUUUACAGCGAACUUUUGGAGGAUGAACCCUCCUACGGUGAUCGAACUGUUAUUUUUGAUUUGGUCUUCGGACAACACAACCUUGCAGCGGUUUAUGCGAGAAGAACUGUUCAAUCGCCGAGAAAACAGAUUUUCUCGAGUACAGUUCCUCUCACAAUGGUGCAAGAUUUGUUGGAUAGAAACCUAUUGAAUCUUGAUACUCUGGCAUCGCGUCUCUCACAUCAUUUCGAGACUGAGCAAACCGCUCAUGGCAACUCUCUGCUUGCUCUUGGACGAGUUUUACAUUACUAUAAGUGCCACUUACCCCAAGCCACUGUGUCAAUGGGCGUGAUCAAGAACAAACUGAACUCUUGGGUAUGGUCCCAGUCGGUAGUCAAUGAGCUCGACAUUCUUGAUACCCUCGCCGAACAGCAAGCUCGCGCAGGAAAUCUACCAGUGUCGAUUUACCCAAGCUUAUUACCACGCGAAUCUGCAUUUGCGGCAAUUUUACAAUUUGAGUCAGGUACCAUAGAUGUGGAUACAUCUGAUCUGACAGCCGUAUUGGCAGUGUCAAGUGGUAGUUCGCUUUUCAUUGCCGAAGAACUUCUUCACGAUCCAACUCUUCGAGUGGAUGCUCCACAAUACGCAAUAUCACAUCUGACAGGAAAUAUUGGGAAGGCGGGAAUAGCUCUAUUGAUCCCUCCACCUGAGCUUAAUAUCCGCGAACACGACCUUGAGCGAUGGCAGUUUGUCAACCACAAUCCAUUUGAUGGUAAACUAAGUGGUGGAGAAUUUGAGGGCACAUCUCUUCAUCUGUCUUUUACUGGGUGGGAAGGGCCUCUCACCCUUGGCCCAUCCAGAUACCGAGGGAUGGAUGCCUAUUUCGUGGAAACCCUAGUCUCAGUGAACGACGGUGGACAAUGGGUGGGUGAUCUGGAUAUCUUGAAGGGUCUCAAGCAUCUGAAAAUACAAAACAGCAGUACAGACAAAAAGAAAUGCCUGCAUGACCCUGGCUUCUCAGCGGCUGGGGUAAAAAUGGUGUCCAUAGACUGCUGGGAGGAGAUCCUUGACCCGCCUGCUGGAUUUCUAGUGCUACGUUCUUCACCAGACAUAAAUGGUACCGGCUAUUGGCAAUGGAUGGUAAGACUGGCAGCGGUGGGCAUCGCGGCAUCAAGAAAUUACCAGUGUAUCUGCUUACCCGUUGGAGACUUUUGUUGGACCUGUGUCGUUGGAAAUCUCCGUGAACACGCCAGUUCCGCUGAUUUUAAGCCCAGAAUAUUGUUCAUUGGCUAG